AUGGACGCUCCCUACAUCGUUAGCUUCAUGCGCGCGAGCCAGCAGGCCAUGACGAUCAAUUUCAGGAUCGAGGAUUCUAAUGGCAUCACAGUGGUGAGCGACACAACAGUGACCCUGCAAGCGUUAAGCGACGCUGUGCCGAGCAACUGCAGGUGCACAAUGCCCACCAUCCCGGAUCAAGUGGCUGCCACGUAUGGCCAGAACUACGGCUCGCAAUGCCAGGCUUGGGACAACGCCAAGUGUGAUGAACUCUGGGGCAAUCUGACUGUUGGCGCCUGGUGCUGUAGGCCCUGGUGUUACGCAACAAGUGACUGUCCAGAUGCCUACUCCAGCACCGCCAUUCCUGGCCAGUUCUUCAGCUAUGCUGCUUGCAAUAGCUUCAAUCCGGUGUCCCCAUGCACCUGGACGGCAGUAGCUGAAUCCAAUGACCCGUGCAAGUGCAAGAAUUCCGCAAGCAUUUUCAGCGCGACCAUGAAUGCCACCUUUGCCAGCAACUAUGGCGAGUCCUGUUCUUCAUGGGACAUGGCAACUUGCGCCACAAACUACCGUCCAGAUCAAGUGGACUUGUGGUGCUGUAAAGCCUGGUGCUAUGUUGACAAGGCAUGCCCCAGCGCAAUCCAGUCCCUGAACCCCGGAAUGGAGGGUAUUCUGUUCUGGUCUGACAAUGUUUGCCCAGAUGACCCAGCCUUGGUGGCACAAUGUCCUUACAAGCCAACACCCAAUGUGUCAUCAACUGACACAUCCUGUGACUGCUUGAAUGUCACUAUGCCCCUUGCAAGCCUACAAAGUGCAGGGCUCAAUGCAAGCUUUGCAGAGUACGGCCAGCAGUGUGGACCCCAUGAUGCAUUCAUCUGCGACAUCACAUAUCCCGGAGCAACUCAUGGCAUGUGGUGCUGCAUGUCCUGGUGCUGGGUUGAUAAGACUUGUCCCACUGCUCGGGCUUCAACAGUGUGGCCGGGAAACUUCUGGAGCGACACCAAGUGUGAGAUGGACGCAGAGAUUGUGUCCGGGUGUCCCUGGGACCUAGCGGCCUGUUCAUGCCGGCAGCUUCCCAGUGGGACGCUUCCCAGCCCCUUUGCCGACAACUACGGAAGCUCAUGCAAUGCCUGGGACAGCGUGUCCUGUAAAGACACCUGGUUCCACAAUCCAAACAGUGGUUGGAACACCUCCGCAGACCACGAGUGGUGCUGUGAUUCUUGGUGCUAUGUCAAUACGAGUUGCCCCAUCGCUAGGCAAUCAUGGCUCGGCACCGGCUAUUACUUCAGCUAUGAGACGUGUGAUGACUCAGCCACGACAUAUAACGAAGCAGCAGACACGUGCGAUGCGGCAAGGCUGCUCGAGGAAGAGGAGACAUUUGAAUCUGCGUCCCCUCGUCUACUCUCCGGUCGCCGGCGAGGAGGCAGCCGGCGAAGCAGUAGCAGUGGCAGCUGGAGCUCCAGCAGCAGUCGCCGACGCUAUUCUCCACCAGCACCUCCAACGUUUCCUCGCAGGCGAUCCAUCUCGCGGCCCACAGCCACUUAUCCACGCCGUCGGGCUCCCGUGUCACCGAGACGCCGGGAUGUGCGGCGCCGCGCGCCCCCGCCUCCGGUCCCCGCUCCAGUUGCAACCCGAAGGCGUACUACCAGCAUGAGUGGGAACACCUACGUGACCAAUCCUCGCAGGCGUGCCCCAGCGAGUGUGGUGGACACUCGAAGGAGAAGAAGCCUGCCAUAUGGCUACACAAGCCGCCCCCAGAUGAUGAACAAUUACGGGGGAACCAUGCCGCAGCAAACCAGCUAUGGGUAUUCCGGCAUGAAUGCGGUCCCAGCCAACCAGCCUACAAACGUGGCUAUGUACGCUGUUGGAGGUGCAGUGGCUGGUGCGGUGGUUGGAGCUGGGGCCAUGUAUGCCUACAACAACAUGUACGGGGAUGCCUACGACGUCCAUCGGCGCCGACGAAUUUAUCCCUUUGGCCAGCCAGAUUUCUGCAUUGUUACGGCUCCGGGUAGCCGCAACGGUGACUUCAUGGAGUGUGCGCAAUGCCGAAGGCUCUAUGGCAUCUCGUAUUGUCCAUCCGCCAAUUCCUGCUCCACUGCUGCUGGCUGCAGCUACUCGCCACCUCAGAGCCUGAAUCGUGAUGACCUCGCUGCAACCGGGUUCAUUCCCGGAGGCUACACAUUCCCACUGAAGGUAAUCUUCAAUAACAUUUCCGGAGAUGGAAUUGUGACAGAUCCCCUUUCCGGUGGCCUCUGUCCUCCAACUACAAAGGCCGAGGCAAGUGUUGUGGAGACCUUCAACAAGACCAUGUCCUUCUCACCGGAGCUCUUCUUGGUCCUGACCAAGCAAAGCGUGACAAGAGCAGCGGAAACAUGCGACAGGGAUACAACGACUCGAUGCACCAGCUCGUGUUGGAUCGGCUACUCCACAUGUGUCAACGAUGUCUGCUUGUGCCAAAAUGGAUACUGUUGGGAUGGCAGUGCUUGCCGGCCCAACGCGUUGGCAGCUGCGCACCCCCUGCAUGCCGUGUGCGUGCCACUGGUCCUGGGACUUCUCCUGCGACUGCGAGCCCACUGA